AUGGACUGGUUUUCUUGGCUAUCAAACACUGGCCUUGAGCCUUAUCUCGUUCGUCACUACGCUUUUACUUUUCUUCACAAUGAACUUCAACAAGAUGAUAUAGCUUAUUUUAGCCAUGAAUUGCUACAAAGCAUGGGAAUUACUGUGGCUAAACAUCGGCUCGAAAUUCUCAAGCUUGCUAUGAAAGAAAAAGUCAGAAUACACCCAAUGUUAUGGUUCAUUUUCGCCAUUAAGCAUACAAAGACAUUUCUUGCUAAGCAUAUUCAGGGUAUGGUCCUUCAUGAAAAUUCAGCUCUUGUACCGAAAAGGAAUUACAGUUUGAGAUGGAAGAUUGCCAUGUUGCAGAGGAACAAGAAGUUGAAAGCUACAAAGCCAGAAAGGCAAAUGCUGCUAACAAAUGGAGAUUAUGCUGCGGAGUCUGGCCGAAAAAUGUUGAUGCUCACAAAUCGGAGUAUCAUAGUCGAUUCUAAAAGCACCCGCUCGGAUCAAAAUUUGAACAGAAUCGAUAAAAAUUCGCGUAUCAGAAAACGCGCAUUGGAUUAUGGAAAAGUGGACAGUGACAAUGGUGAGAUUUGGUCGAGUAGUGUCAAAGAAAUCAUGUGGGAUACAAUGUUUCAGAAUUUGAAGCCAACUGCAGUUUCGACUGUUGUAAGCUUCUGUUCUGUUUUCUUUUCAACCCAUAAAUUACAAGGAUACAAUAUAGGAAUAUCCAUCCUUCAAGCAAAGGCAUACAAGAGACAGAGGGACAAAGAGAGCCAAAUCAAGAAUAUAGAAUCUGAAUUUUGA